AUGUCGGCAAACGCCGCCGAUGAAGAGAAGAAAUUAUCGAAAAUGGCAGAAGAACGUGAGGACGACAAGGGCAACGUAAAGUCGACGAAAGCACCUGAAGACAGUAGUGUCAGCAAAGCCGAUAGCACUGGAACCGGUGCUGAUAAGAAGCCAGAAUCCACGGUAGUGGGAGAAACUAAAAAUCAAUCCAAGAAAUCCGAAGAAAAAAGUGGCGACGAUGAAUCCAAAGCUGAUGGUAAUGGUGGCGCGGAUGGUGUGGAUGGUAAAGCGGAUGGUACGAUCGGUCGGGAUAACGGGAGUGCAGACAAACCAAAGGCAACGGUCGAACCGGAAGCCAAAGGAAAGAAUCGAAAUGGCGCCAAAAAACCGGCCGACGAUGAAGAAGACGCGGACGAUGCGGACGAUGAGUAUCAACCGUCUGGGAAACGUCUCGGUUCGAUUGCGUUGAUCGAUGCUAACAUUACGAAGGCAAAGGUGGAAGAUCUGCAAACGCUUCACACAGUACUGUACGACGAAACGGCCAAGACGAUGGUGCUGCGGCGCAACCUGCGCAAGUUUGGCGGGUUCGAUUUCAAGCCAAGUUCGGCCACGUACCGGAGCCGCGUGUUGGCCACAGGGAAACUGGACGUGAAAAAGCUUGGCCAGGUUGCGGAAAUACUUGCGCUGGAGAAGAAGGGUAGUAAGGAGGAGCUGGUCGAACGGAUUUGUACCUUCCUGCAGAAGCCGGACGGUGACGAAGAGCUCCCCGAUGAGAUGGGUGAAGAAGAGGAGGAAGAGGAGGAUGAAGAAGAGAAGGAGGACGAAGAGAUGAGUGAGGAGGAGGAGGAGGCACCAAAGAAGAAAACGCCGUCAAAGCGUGGUGCGGCGCCAACCCGUGGCAGGGAUUCGGCCAAAUCUACCAGCGGCCGUCCUAAACGCUCUACUGCUGGCCGUGGUUACCAAGACAAUUCCUUAUACGUAGAUUACUCUACCUCGGAGGAGGAAGAGGAGGAGACCGUUAAGGUGGGCCGCGGACGACGUGCCCGUCGAGGAUCGGACAGCGGAUCCGAUUAUAAUCCAUCAGCUGGGUCAGACUCCGACGCGGGGAAGCGAAGAUCUGCGCGGGCACCAGCGCGUGGCAGUCGCACCUCGGCUCGAAACGUGCGAAAGCGUUACAGCGAUGAUGAGUCGGAAGAAAGUGCCAGCGAUGACGAUUUCAGCGAAGAUGAUCGACGAAAAAAGAAGGCUACACCGGCCCGUGGACGUGGUCGACCGAGUGCUGCAACUGGUUCCCGGCAAUCGCUCCGUGGCCGUGGACGUAAACGAAAAGCAGAAACGGAGAGUGAAGAAGAAGAAUCGGAAGAGGAACUGGACAGUGAGGAUAGCGAUGAACCGAAACGGAAAUCGGUUACCAAAAGUAGUGGCCGUGGGGCUGUAGCCAACAAUAAGGCUAAAAAUUCAAGCCCGGCUAAGGGAAGGGGCCAACCGAAGCGAGCAGCAGCGGUGAAUAGCGCUAAGAAGUCGCGAAGAGGACGUGGCCGUAGUUCCUCCGGCGAAGACGAUGAAGAGGAAGAAGAGGAGGACGAAGAGGAAGAAGAAGAACCUGAAUUGGAUGACAAUGAAUCGGAGGAUGAGAAACCGUUGGUCAAGAAAGCUAAGCAGGAUAAAGAAAGCGAUGCGGCAGCACCACCGAGCGAGGAUGAUAUCAAAGAAUACCUGAAAGAGAUCCUGGAGGAAGCGAACCUUGAAGAAAUCACAAUGAAAACCGUGUGCAAGAAGGUGUACGCCAAGUAUCCGGAACACGAUUUAUCGCAUAAAAAGGAUUUCAUCAAGGCAACAGUCAAAUCUCUUAUAUCGACGUAA